AUGUUAUUAUUCUCUGUUGAUGUUCUUUCUCGACCAUCAAACAUCAAUAAUGUUGAUUUUACUUCGGAAGAAUUAGAAUAUUUAAGUCAACAGAAGAAUGAUUAUCUGAAUAAACGCGAUGUUGAUGAUCCAACUUCUGCACUUGAAAUCUUGUGUGACAUAAUGAUCGGUGUUAUUACGGCAACUUUAACAGAUCCAGAUAUAGGAUUAACAUCUGAACAAUUACUUCUCAUACCGAAAUUUAACAAAAAGACAUCGAUUAAUCAUGAAGACACCCGAACAUGUCUACAAGAAUACGGUGAAUGGAUUAGUAAUCUCAAUGUUUUGCAUAAAACAACAACCGAUGAUCAGAAUGAAAAAAUAAAAUAA